GGUUUCUCCACAUCACCAAGAUUAUAAAUCAAUAAAAAAUAUAUUUAUCUCAUCUAUAUAUUAAUUAUCAUCACAACAAAGAAGUUUAUUAAUCUGUUAGACCAAGUUUCCGUGAAUCUCAACUUCUUUUAGUAAAUUUAAAAUUCAAAAACAUUUAAACUAGUAGACCUUUAAAAAUUUCCGACAGCGGCCGACAGUACGCGAAGUCACUGAAUGACGUCACUACCUAGGGGAGAAAGAUAAAGAAUAAGAAGUGGAGAUAUUUUAUUGUGUCGUGGUCUCGAAAAAAAAUAAAAAUAAAAUAAAUUUCAAUAAGAUUACACGAUUGCAUUUAAAAGUUUAAAAAUACAUUAAUUAAAAAUGUCGUACGCAUAUCUUUUCAAGUAUAUAAUAAUUGGCGAUACUGGUGUUGGUAAAUCAUGUCUACUAUUACAAUUUACUGAUAAACGUUUUCAACCAGUACAUGAUCUGACAAUUGGAGUGGAAUUUGGUGCACGUAUGAUAACUAUUGAUGGCAAACAAAUUAAAUUACAAAUUUGGGAUACGGCAGGACAAGAAGCUUUCCGUUCAAUAACAAGAUCUUACUACCGUGGAGCAGCUGGUGCUCUACUAGUUUACGACAUAACCCGUCGUGAGACAUUUAAUCACUUAACAACAUGGUUGGAAGAUGCAAGGCAACAUUCAAACUCAAACAUGGUGAUUAUGUUGAUUGGUAACAAGAGUGAUCUCGAUGCACGGCGAGAAGUUCGCAGAGAAGAGGGUGAGGCGUUUGCACGUGAACACGGAUUAGUUUUUAUGGAAACUAGUGCCAAGACAGCUGCCAAUGUUGAAGAGGCAUUCAUAAAUACUGCCAAAGAAAUUUAUGAAAAAAUUCAAGAAGGCGUCUUUGAUAUCAACAACGAGGCUAAUGGAAUAAAAAUAGGACCACAGCAUUCACCAACAAGUCCCGGAGGCUUAUCAGGAACCGGAGGUCAAGGUAAUGCACAAGGCGGUGGUUGUUGCUAGGGUCUGAGAGUAACAUGUCCACCAAUCAAUUAUCCUUCAAUAUAAAAAAUAUAUACAUUUAAAUGUCUCAUUCCUGCUCUUGAAUAAUUAUAUUUAUAACAUGAAUAUACAAUUAAAUCAUCUACUACUUAAUUGUACAAUUAAUCUAUAAUUACUAUAUUGUUUUGUCGCAUCCCCAGGUAACGAAUUACGUCAUAAAUAUCUUUAUUUUAAUUUAACUAACUAUUUAAAUAUUAAUUUUUUUCAUUAAGUUCUGUACAUAAAUUCCAAAUCAUUUAAUAUUCAAUUAGCUGUUGUAGAAAUUAUUAUUAUUAUUAUUAAUACUAUCAUUAAAUGUACCAUGUAGUUAAUGAUUAUUAUGUUAUAUUAAUAGUAACAAAUAACAAUAUUCAUAACAGCGCGCGCUUAACGUGCCGUUAAAUAAAUCUGAUAACGUGUUACAUAAAUUUUUACCACUUUAAUAAUUUAUGUUACACAAAAAUAAAAUAAUAAAUUUUUUAAAUUAAAAGUUUAAUGACUUUUCACUUAAUAAAUCUUUAUGUUGAUAAAUAUAAAUAAUAAAUAAAUAAAAUUUAUAAAAUUAAGUGCGUUAAUGAGCAGGAAUGAUACUUACUCGCUCAUCUAAAUGGCAUGAUGUAUAUGUAUUAAUGGUAUACAUAAUUAAUUAUUAUCAUUAUUAUUAAUAUUAAUUUCGAUUGUGAACUAUAUAAUUAUUUUAUUAAUUAGUAUAUUAUUUAAAACUCUGCUUAAUUAAAUAAACAAAAGCCUAAUCCAU